UACUUAAGUUGUCAAAGUGGAUUAUUUUCUGUUUAGUUGUUUUGUUUGACAUUGCACAUAGAGGUGAAUGAGUUCACUGCUCAUUGUGGUUGAAGACAUGCAAACACUUUUAAGACUGCAGCUGUUGUUCUUGUUAGCUGUUGGAGGACAUCAAGUAAAUGCUUACAGAUUGGAUGGGAAAUGGGAAAAUGAAAAGGUUCUGGUUUCAAGCCAACUAGAUCCAUAUGGUUUCAACUGGGAAGAUGACUCUUCAUGGGAUGCUUUGGGAUUUUACACAAACCCAUGGGCACGUGAUUCUGGUAAUCAGGCACAGCAGCCUCCAUGGGUGCCCCGACACCUUGAGCAGCAAAACCAGCUAAAGCUCCCCCAGCACUCUGAGUUGCCCAGCUACCUGCAACAACCCCAGCACCCCAAGGGGCCACAUCCUGCCAAGCACCUUGAAGUGACAAACUACCCACAACUUCCUUGGUACCCCCAGGAUCCCAGCUACUAUUCACCCCGUCAACCCCAGCAGCCCCAGGAUCCACGUGUGCCUAUCUACUCACAUCAGCAGCAGCAUCACCAACACCCCAGUGGGCUAAAAGAUUUGCCCCAGCAGCCCCAAAACCACGAGGGUCCAGAGGGUACUAUGUUCUUGUUUCAAAAAUUCCAGCAACCCAAAUCACUGAGGUACCUACCCCAGAUCCCUGAGUGGCCUGACUAUCUACCUCAAGGCCAUCAGUACCCCCAGGUCCAGAAUGUGCCUGACUAUUUACAUCACCAUCAGCACUGCCCACACUCYGUAGGGUCACGCUGCAUGCCCCAACAAUCACAGCAGCUCCAGCAUUCUGAGAAUGGUGGUUACCCAUCUCAGCAGCCUCAGUAUCCAAUGGGGUCUGACUACCUUCCCCAGAAACCUAGAGACCUCCCACAGCACCCCAAGCUGCCUGGUUUCCCACCACAGCAGUCCCAGCGUGAGCCAAGCAACCUGCAACAACAGACAAUGAGAAUCCACAAACCUCGUUAUGCUGCUCGGAAAGCCCGAAGACUUAAGUUUGUACGUCUGCGUCCCCCAAUGCUACGCUUCCUUACAAGGUUGCGUCAUUAAUGAGCCAAKUUGGUAUAGAGACCACAAGUGUUUAUACAUUCUCAGUAGGCCAGGCCAGCCAUCAAUUUCAGCUGUUUGAGUCUCCUCAGUGAGUGUUAUCAAAUAAUUUCAUUGAUCUUUCAAAAUAAACRUUCCAAAACAAUAAA